AUCAUGCAAUUGUGACUUAAUAUCUUGCAAUUCUGAUUUUAUUUUUUGCAAUUGUGACUUUAUAUUUUGCAAUUGUGACUUUAUUUCUUGCGAUUGUGAGUUUAUAUUAUGCAAUUCUGAGAAAAGAAGUCAGAAUUGUGACUUCAUAUCUUGCAAUUCUGAUUUUAUUUCUUGCAAUUGUCAGUUUAUAUCAUGCAAUUCAGAGAAAAAAGUCAGAAUUGUGACUAUAUCUAGCAAUUGUUGGUUUAUAUCACACAAUUCUGAGAAAAAAACUCGCAAUAACCUAUAUAUAAAUAUAAUAAAUAAUCAUAAAAAGUUGCAAUAACAUUAAAAAAAAGAAAAAGAAAAAGAAAAGAAAUUUAAUGGUUUUCAAUGUUCAAGCUAUGUACACAACUAUUACCAUUGAUAUAUGUUCUGUUUAUGUUAUUUUAGGUUUUGUGCGAUCACAUUGAUGGUAAAAUGUGCAUAAAAGCACAUGCUUAGAGGUUAUGAAAGUAGAGGGAAAAUACAGAACAUAAAAAAGAUAAGGAAAUUAUGGGAUUAGAGGAUUUUCAUAUUGGAUUUGCACUGAAUUGUUUAAAAAUCAGACUGAGCACAAUAAUGGACUCAUAUGUUGCUUAAAAGCAACAUAAACUGAAAUUUCCUGUGAGCUUUUAAUAACCUUACAGUAUCCCUGCAAUUGCUAUUUAUCCUUUCCCAUUCCUCCUCAAGGGCUCAAUCCUUAAAUCACAACACUAAUCCUCACGACUGUAUUUUUAACUCUGCCGAGGACAGAAAGAACAGCAAUGGGAUUACGGCAUCAGUGAGGUGGGGCAAAUCCCAACUCUUGAUCUUCAGUUGAGCCGAAACAAAUACAGUUGCUUUUUCUUUCUGUCUUUUUAGCGAUAUUGCAAACUCUAGCAAGCUAGAGGCAGUGGAAUAUGUUUUCUCUAUCCGCCUGGAAAUUUUCUUGAAGCUGUGAAUGCUUGGAAUCUAAAAUCUGACUUUUUCUGUUUUCAUUUCUAACGAGAAAAUCAGUCUCUUUUCAGUACUUUACCCAUUCUUCAAUAAUGGAUCAUCCAAGAAGACAUCUGAAAAAGCUGAAAAAGAGACGUUCAAGUCUUUUUGCGAGUGUCAAACUUAACGCCAGCUUCUCACAGAGUAUAGAGGAAGAAGAGAGUGCCUUUCCAUUUUCACAGGACAGCUCUGUGAAACCUUGGACGUCGAUGGACAACCUUGAUACCCCAUCACCUCAGGCAAAAGACAAAAGAGACAAAGAAAAGAGGAAAAGCAGUGAAACUGAAGCAGCGAAGAUGCCACACCGUCAUUCAACUGUGAUCAAUGUUAACGUAGGUGGAAAAGUCUUUACAAUUCCCAAGCACCUGGCUAUAAAAUACCCUAAAACCAGAAUAGGCAGCUUAGCCCUGUGCAAAGACCCUGUCAAGCAGCUAACGCUCUGCGAUGACUACUGUGUGCUCACUAAUGAGUUCUUUUUUGACCGGGAUCCCACUUUCUUUCAUUACAUCUUCCACUUUUAUUGUAGCAAUGUACUAUGGGUAAUGGAGAGUCUUUGCCCUGUCAAUUUCGAGGAGGAGAUGCACUUUUGGGGCCUGCACUUGAAAGACACUCCCCGCUGUUGUCGUAUUCUCUACGAGGAGAAACUAGACGAAAUAAGAGACCAGCUCAAAGUGAACAGAGAGCUUAUGGCGGAAAUCGAGCCCCAGCAUAACGAGGAGGGUUUCAAAACAAUGAUUUUAGGUGGCUUUCGUAAAUCGCUAUGGGAUCUGAUGGAGAACCCGUACUCCUCGAUGGCUGCUAAGGGCUUUGCUGUGUUCUCCAGCCUCUUCGUGCUCAUCUCCAUUGUAGCGAUGACUCUAAACACUGUGAGCGAACUGAAAGAUUAUAAAAUCUAUGGAAGAACCUAUAUGGAGUGUGUGGAGAUCACUUCAAUUCUCUUCUUCACCUUCGAGUACUUCCUUCGCCUGCUGACAACGUGUGACGUCAAGCAUUUUGUGAAGAGCGCACUUAAUUUUGUAGACUUAGUGGCUGUCAUGCCUUACUUCAUCCAGCUGAUAUUCGAGGCUUUCGCUGACCAGGAAGAUCUCAGCGUCCAAGAUGAUCUGAAAACGAUGGCGAGGGUUAGCAAAGUUAGCAAAGUGCUCAAAGUCGUCAAACUCAUGCGAAUCUUUCGCAUUUUGAAACUGGCGAGGCACUCGACGGGCAUGCGGGCAUUUGGCUUCACUCUUCGGCAGUGUUUCGAACAGGUCUGCUGUCUGUUUCUGUUCAUUAUCAUGGGGAUCUUCACCUUCUCUGCCCUGAUGCACUCAGUGGAGCAGGAUGUUGUAGGAACACCGUUUAGCAGCAUACCAGACGCCUGGUGGUGGGCGGCGGUGAGCAUCUCUACUGUGGGAUAUGGAGAUGUGGUGCCCAUUUCUUACUCCGGUCGAGUGGUGGCCUUCGGGUGCAUAUCGUUCGGAAUUAUUCUAAAUGGAAUGCCAAUCUCCAUCCUGUUUAACAAGUUUUCUGACUAUUAUGCCAAGCUGAAGGCUCAGGAGUACACCAACACGAAAGUCCAACGGGGCUUGAACCUCAAGAAACGACUGCAAAGGAAAUUAGAGAACUGCUUCAAGCCUCCAGCUGAGGAAUCUGAUGAGGACAAUAGAUAUCCCAUUGGCUAGUGUCAUCGCUGAACGUCCUUGGCUUCACUGCCCUUGAACAGAGAGCUCAGGUUCAAAGCCUGCCUUGAAUUAAAUCGGGAUUUAAAAGAUGGGUGGAUGCCAGGUUAAAGAAAAUUUAGCCAUUAACUUUAAGAUGGCUUACAAAUGGCAUGUUGCUAAGGUUCUUUGAUGAGCUAGCUUGUGCUGAUUUUCAGCAGUGUCUGUUCAUUUGUCAGGCAAAAAAAAUGGAUUAAAAAAAGGAGGAAUUUACAUCACAGACUGCAAACUGUUAAUUGCAAGAUCAACACAAACUGUGUUAAAAUGAUUUGAUAUAUCAUUGCCUCUCUAUAAGGUGGUAGAAGUGCACUGUUCAGAUAAAUACAUACAUGAUUUCUUCCUUAAUCAAGAUCACAAAAAGGAUUUCCUAGGAUCAAGUGAGACUUAUGAGGCCUUCAGACACCUUUGGUGUAUUUAGUGUUGCUUUCACAUAGUUUCUAUUCUAGGCAAAAUGCAUUUGGAUACCAUGGCUUAAAAGACUGAUAAAACUGAGAAAAAAAAUAAUAAUAAUUUGAGCACUGUAUUUGUAUAGUCUUCAUUAAGCACUUUAUCACCCUUUCAGAUUAGCACAACACACAUUUGGACUGGUUUUUUUUGAAGGUCUGAAGGGUGAUUUUCUCUAUUGUUUGAUUAUUUGUAAUGACUGUUAUUUAUGAGAGUGUACAGUUGAGGUCAAA